GAUAGAGAGCCUGCGUCAUGUGAGAAUUACGGUCGUUUUGGUGUUUGAACGCCAUUUUGGGGGGGAAAGUGAAUAUUACAGAUGAAAAGCUACCGUCGGUAAAGACUACGGACAAUAGCACGCUGGCCCUUUAAGAACUUUGAAAGGAAGUCACGUGAUCAUCUGUCACUCGGCCUUACUUCCGGGUUCAUGCACGUCCAGUGUUUGAGAUGAACAGUGAAAACUUCGCAUUGAGCGAGAGGCUGGUGUCGGCGUCGUACGUCCGCCAAGCGUGUCAAGCUCGCCGGAGCCACGAGCAGCUCAUCAGGCAACUACUGGAGCAGGGGAAGUGUCCGGAAGAAGGUUGGAGUGAGAGCACCGUCGAGCUCUUCCUGAACGAGCUCGCCGUUAUGGACAGCAACAACUUCCUCGGCAAUUGCGGCGUAGGCGAGCGGGAAGGCCGCGUGGCCUGCGACGUGGUAGCCAGACGACAUUACAGGUUGAUCCACGGCAUCGGACGGUCAGGUGACAUCGCGGCGGUUCAGCCCAAAGCUGCCGGGUCUAGUCUGCUCAAUAAGCUGACCAACUCGCUCGUACUGGAUAUUUUGAAGAUGUCAGGCGUGAGGAGCGUGAAGAGCUGCUUUGUGGUUCCCAUGGCGACCGGCAUGAGUCUGACUCUGUGCUUCCUGACUUUGCGCUUCCGCCGACCCGACGCCCGCUACAUCGUCUGGCCGCGCAUCGACCAGAAAUCCUGCUUCAAAGCAAUGAUCACAGCAGGCUUCAUACCGGUCGUGGUGGAAAACGUGCUGGAGGGCGACGAGCUCCGGACAGACGUGGAAGCGGUGGAACGCAAAAUUCUCGAGCUCGGAGCCGAGAACAUCCUGUGUGUGCAUUCCACGACGUCCUGCUUUGCGCCUCGAGUGCCUGACCGGUUGGAGGAGCUCGCCAAACUAUGUGCCAAAUUGAACAUUCCUCACAUAGUAAACAAUGCAUACGGAGUGCAGUCAUCCAAGUGCAUGCACUUGAUACAAGAAGGCGCCCGUAUCGGCCGAAUAGACGCCUUCGUCCAAAGCUUGGAUAAGAACUUCAUGGUUCCGGUCGGGGGGGCCAUCAUCGCCGGUUUUGACGAAGCUUUCAUACAGGAGAUUAGCCAGACUUACCCAGGUCGUGCAUCCGCAUCGCCUUCACUUGACCUCCUCAUUACUCUCCUCACGCUAGGAGCUCGCGGCUAUAAGAAACUCCUGUCGGACAGGAAGGAGGUUUACGCGAUCUUGGCCGAGGAACUGAAGAAACUGGCGUCGGCGCACGGGGAGCGUUUGCUCGUCACUCCUCAUAAUCCCAUUUCACUUGCCAUGUCGCUGGACGGGCUCCAGGCCGGCUGUGACAAGGCGGUGACUCAACUGGGCGCGAUGCUGUUCACGCGACAAGUUUCCGGAGCCAGGGUCAUACCGCUGGAUAAGGAGCAGACCAUUGGCGGACACACAUUCCGUGGGUUUAUGUCGCACUCCGAGGCUUACCCGUGCCCUUACCUCAAUGCGGCCGCCGCUGUGGGUAUCACCCGUGAAGAUGUAGCACUGUGCAUCAAGAGGCUGGACAAGUGUCUGAAGACUCUGCAGAAGGAGGCCAAGCUUGCAAACUCAUGUGACAACGACAACGAGCGCUCAGAGUCGUCGUGAUUAAGGAGGAGAUGACGGAAAAGGACGAAAUUAACCGAAGCUCACACCGCAUGCUGCUCUCUUACAGCAGGGAAAACACAAAUGUCAAUCCGUAACACCGAUAUCUGCAGCCGAACAAUCAGUGGCAGCAGCCGCCGCAAUGACCGCCGCCGUGGCUGUGACCCACUGAAACCUCGCCGUGCUUGGUCCGCCGGCUCAGGAUCUCGAACGAGCAGUCGUCGCCGCAGCAGCCGGACAUGCUGGGCGAGGUCUCGUCCAUCUCGAACCUGCGGGCCAGGACGGGGAAAAUUAAAAAUGAUACGGGUAUGUGCUCGUCUUCUCUGGCGCGGUACUCACUGGAGAGCGUCUCGGAAGAACUGAUACGCGCCGUGGUUGUGUUUGAAAACUGUCAGCAUGACUUUUUUCAUAUGUGUACUGCAAAGAGGAAAAAGUUAGCAUUUGUGGCUUUUUCACACUACAUUUUUCUAUUGAAAUGAUGACAAAACUGUGAGCUAACUUCAGCUAAGGUCAUGAAAGUACGUUCCAAAACUGUCAAUAAAAGGGGAAGAAAACUGACAAAGCGGCAAUUUUUGAGCAAAAGUGCGGAAACAUACAAAAGAUUGUUAAAGGAAGCUAAUGUUAGCAAAUGGGGCAGAAAGUUAACAUUUGUGGAAUUAUUUUGCCACUACAGUGUAUUUAUCUAUUGUAAUGAUGCCAAACCUGUGAGCUAAUGAAAUUAUUAUCAAAAACCGUCAAUAAAAGGUAAAAAAAAAACUGACAAAGCGGCCAUUUUUGAGCAAAAGUGCUGUAACGUAGAUUAAGUGAAAGGAAGCUAACAUUAGCAAAUAGGGCACAAAGGUAGCAUCUGU